AUGGUUAGUAGGAGGCGUCUAACUGUAUCUGGCGAUCACAAGCCCGAAGAACAGUCAUGUUGGUCCAAACCCACUGUUUAUCAUGCUGCCAUCGUGAUAUUCCUAGAGUUCUUUGCCUUCGGAUUGCUAACCACCCCAAUGAUCUCGGUUUUAGAUGAGACAUUUCCCAAACAUACCUUUCUAAUGAAUGGUAUCAUUCACGGAGUAAAGGGAAUAUUAUCCUUCCUUAGUGCACCAUUUCUGGGUGCUCUCUCAGAUAUGUUUGGACGAAAGCCUUUCCUACUUCUAACAGUAACCUUCUCUUGUUCUCCAAUACCACUGAUGAAAAUCAGUCAUUGGUGGUAUUUUACAAUGAUCAGUAUAUCAGGUAUUUUCGCAGUGACAUUUUCAUUUGCUCUGGCAUAUGUCGCUGAUAUCACAUCAGAAGAAGAUAGAAGCUGGGGAUAUGGACUAGUUUCAGCUACAUUUGCCGCCAGUCUUGUCAGUUCACCUGCAAUUGGAGCUUAUCUUGGUCGUGUAUAUAGUGAAGAAUUAGUUGUUGCACUAGCUACUGCUAUUGCAUUUUUGGACAUUUGUUUUAUACUUGCUUGUGUACCUGAAUCUUUAUCGGAAAAAGUACGUAUUGGUCAUUUGUGCUCUGUAACUACAUUGGGUGGACCAGUUGGUAAAUUCUCAUGGGGUAAAGCUGAUCCUUUCGCGACAUUACGUCAAAUGACAAAUGAUCAUCUUGUUCUUAUGAUAUGUAUUACAACAUUUUUAUCCUAUUUGCCAGAAGCUGGACAAUAUUCAUGUUUCUUCGUUUAUCUUCGCUUAGUCAUGGGAUUCACUGAAGAAAAUGUGGCACUAUUCAUUGCUGUUGUUGGUAUCAUGUCAUGUAUUGCACAAACACUUAUUUUAUCUUUAUUAAAUCGUAUUAUGCGACCAAAACGUGUUAUUAUAUUUGGUUUAAUAUUUGAAGCAAUCCAAUUAACAUUAUAUGGUUUUGUUACAAAUUCUGGCUUAUUAUGGUCAGCUGGUUUAAUUGCUGCUAUGGGCUCUAUCACAUAUCCUGCUCUAAGUACAUUUAUAUCAACUCAUGCUGCAGCGGAUCAACAAGGUGUAGCACAAGGUCUUAUCACUGGAAUACGAGGUUUAUGCAACGGACUUGGACCUGCUCUGUUUGGGUUAUUCUUUUAUAUAUUUCGAGUUGAUCUCAAUGAACAUACAUCAGGUGUACAUAUAAUCAACAAGGAUAAGAGUAACUCCCUAGUAUCUGAUACUGUACAACUUUUACAAGAACGUUUAAUACCAGGACCACCAUUUGCUUUUGGUGCUAUUCUAGUUCUGUUAGCAAUUCUAGUAGCUAUUUUUAUACCAGAAAAGCGGACAUCACCUGAAUUGAGUCAUUCAAAAAUUAUCACUGAUACAUAUGAAUCAACACAUGGUGCCAAUAUUUAUGGCGGUGAAACUCGACUAAGGCGUAGUUCACCAUCAGGUCAAUCUCAUAAAACUACAGCGGAUUUUGAUCAAUUCACAUGUGGAAUGGGUGCACCUAACACUGGUGAUAGUGACAAGUCGAAAUUGAUAAUGAGUACUGUUGAAAUGUCUAAGUAUAAUCUAAAAAGUGGCAUUUCACACAGUAAUCCAAUCGAUAACAUUGGUAUUUGGAAUCGUUUAAUGACUGGUCUUACAGAUUUUCGUAAUCCAGUUUAUAUAAAACAACGACCAAAUCGUGUUUAUCGUCAAUCAAAAACUCGUUUUAGUACGGCAGGUAUUGUAGAACCAUUUCGUCGAUUAUUUAUUCGAAAAACGUAUGAUGGAAAUAUUGGUAGUUGUGGUGUUAGUGGUGGUGGUGGUGGAUUUCUUGAUCAUGAAGCACGUCUUCAUUAUUCCAGACUGCCCUUUACUGUUAUCUCAUCAUCAGAUAAUAGUAGUCCGAAAUAUUUAGACGACAUAUCAAAGAAUGAUUUACUAUUUUCUAAUCCUUUAUUAUUAAAUCCUGGUGAAUCCGAGGAAGCAGCUGAUCUCAGUAAUUAUCGUGCACAUCAUUUCCGACGUAUGUUUAUUACUCCUAAUACAGCAACUACUACUCCUUUUAUUAAUAAUAAUAAUCAAAGUACUAUUACUACUUCUUCAUCUGAAUUUCAUCCAUCACAAAACUAUUAUCCUACUAGCUCAUUGUUAAUCACUUCUAAUGAAACUGGUCAAUUAAAUCCAUUGGGAGAGAAUGAAGAAGAUACAUUUAUUAAACAUUGCAAUUCUCCCAUAUCACCUAUAAUUAGUCCUACAGGUAGGAAAAUAAUGAAACAAAAGUUUUUUACAACAAAUUCUUAUAAAGAAUCAAUUCAUGAUACGUGA